AUAUUGGAAAGCUUGUAAGACCAGAUAUAAACUUGUAAUUGGAGCUACUUCUAACUACGAUAUUGAAACAGAAUAUACUAGAUUUUAAGUAAAAUUAAAUAAGAUAACAUCAGUUUAAAUAGAAUUUCAGAUAUAUUACAAUUAUCAAGAAAAUGACAUUAUAUCAUUUUGGAAAUUGCAUAGCUUUGGUCUAUGUACCAUAUUACAUGACAUAUAAAUAUUCAGGCCUAUCUGAAUAUGGAGCAUUUUGGAAGUGUAUUCAAGCCGGAGGCAUUUAUAUUUUUACACAAUUGUGUAAAAUGCUUCUUUUGGCAACAUUCUUUGAUUCCGAAAAUUUAUCAUUAAAUGGCUCUUUCAAUAUUUUAGCUGAAUUUUUCCGAAACACUGCUGAUAUUGCUGAUUUAUUUGGCCUUGCAUUUAUUCUAUCAAGGAUUCCUGGAAAAGGUCAUAGUAAAUUAAUAACAGCUGGUUUGGGAUGGGCAACAGCAGAAGUAAUCUUGUCACGAGGUAUAAUGCUCUGGUCCGGUGCACGAGGCGCUGAAUUUAAUUGGAUAUAUAUACAAAAAUGUUUGGAAUCUAAUAUAUCCCUUAUGCAGCAUAUUUCAACAGCAACAUUAAUCUGGUUAUUUACACGUCACGAUCUUCACAAAAAAUAUGUUCCUGUCGUUUCUUUAUUAUUAAUAGCAACGGUUUAUAAAAGUUUAUGGUUGGAUGGAGUAUUAACUGUGUUGAGUUUGCCGAUUUGGUCAACUUUAGCUUUUAAAGCCUUAGUAACAAUCUUUAUGGGAUUUGUCACACUGCAUAUAUAUACAGGUUUAGCCCAGCUAAUAGGAAUUUAGUUUAAUACAAUAUUUUCAUAGUUUUAAAUGUACCAAAUUAAAAGAGAUAAAUUUAUAAAUAAAUCAUGUGUGGCAAUUUAAAGUUA